AUGCACCAGGUGAAAACUUUGAGCCCAGUCGCCAGCGGCAACGAUGAACACCUGUACAUGCACUUGGUGGAUGGCAUCUUGUUAAACCAAGUCAUGUUGGAAGUAGACCCCAGGCCUAAUCAGCGCUUCCACCAGCAUGUGAACAACGAUGUGAACCUCCGCAUUGAGAACUUGACCAUCUUGGUCAGACACAUUGAGAACUUUUACCAGGAAGUUCUCCAGCAGCGGAUCCUAAUGAGCUUGCCGGAUGUUUUGGUGAUUGGCAAAGACCCGCUGUCUGGACAAAGUAUGGAGGAAAUGGAGAAGAUGCUGGUGCUGGUGCUGGGCUGUGCUGUCCAGUGCGACAGGAAAGGGGCAUUUAUUGAAAAAAUCCAACAGCUUGACAUUGAGACCCAGGCCGGGAUCCUGGCCCAUAUCCGGCAGCUGGUCGUGACCCUGACCCAGGAGUGGAACACCAGCAGCCACCCCAGCGAGGACACGCAGCACCUGGCCAUGGAGCUGGCGGACACCAAGGCCACACUGCCUGGCAACAUGGAGCUGGCAGCCAGCGCUCAGGCUGCUCGUGCCCCCCUCCCUGAGCUGGACUCCCUGAGGAAGAAGGCAAGGCGCGUGGAGAGACUGGAGGUGGAGGCAAUGGGCCUCAGGCAGAAGCAGAAAGACAUAGUAAACUUCUAUGCAUCCCGCAUGAAGGAGCUGAUUGAAGAUAAUUAUACCUUAAUGGACACCAAGGGCCUUCUCCAGGAGCAGCUGACUGUCGCUUGGUCCCGGGUCGAUAAGCUAUACGAGCUUGAGGAGGAGAACGUGCAGCUGAAAUCAAAGCUGCGCCGCCUACAUUUGGCCCGGGACACAGACCAGAAACACCUUGAGGAGCUGCAGGAAGAGAACUUGGCCCUCAAGGCUGCACAGGGGCAGAGUGUGGAGGAGUCCGCCCACCUGCGCUGGGAGCUGGACCAGCUGUUAGAGGCCUCCAGCUGCUUCCUGAAGCUGGACCAGGAGAAGCAGAGCCUCCAGGGCACCAUCCAGGGGCUGCGGGAUGCCUCCCUGGCCCUGCAGCAGAGCAGCCUCCAGCGCAGGGAGCUGGAGAAGGAGAACCAGCAGCUCAGCAAGCAGAUUGAAGACUUGCGAGUUCAGAUGGAAAGAGAAAAGCAGACCAGCCAGGUUCUGGAGACUCUCUGUGAGGAGCUGGUGGAGGAGAGAGAACAGCUGCUCCGUGACAAGAAGACCCUGAAGGCUGAGAAAGCCCAGGAGAUCAAGGAUCUUGAACAAGUGGUGCUUUCGCUGCGGGAGAGUUCACAGGCCAGCAGUGAGGCCUGCUUUCAGGACAUCGAGAAUGAGAACAAAGUCCUCCACCAGACAGUGAUGGAGACCAGCAGCAGAGUCAGCAAGCUGGAGUGGGAGCGGCAGCAGCUGCACCAGGAUCUGGAGCAGGUGAAGGAGCAGGCGGCGCGGGCGCAGGAGCUGGAGCAGGAGCUGCAUCGGCUGCAGGAGGAGAACGAGAAGCUGGCCAUGGAGGUCAGCGCCCUGACGACGGCCCCCGAAAGGGUCCACGCCCUGGAGCAGGAAAGCCAGGACCUGUUGCUGGAGAACCAGAGGCUGCAGACAUCUCUGGACACCCUGCAGCCUGAGGGUCUGGAGCGGGACGAGCAGCUGGACACCAGGAAGGUGGAAAAUUCCACUCUGAGCCCCCAGAGUGCAUCGCUCACUGCGCUCAUAGAGAAGAACAUGCAGCUUCAGCACCAGCAGCUGGCGGCAGCCCACGAGGCCCUGCAGCGGGAACACGCGUGCCUGGGCGCGCUCCAUGAGCACCUGUCUGGGGAACAUGAGGCCCUCAUGGAUGAGUACAGCCGCCAGAAGACACUGCUGCGACGGACCCUGGAGCUGGAGAGCAAGGCGCUCAGUGACAGAUACAAGGACCAGCUCCAACAUAAGGCGGCGCUGGAGCAGCUGGGGACGCUCUUGACCACAGAGCGGGAGGCUCUGCAGCAGGAGCAGAAGACGAGCGCCAUGGCUGCCGAGGAGAACCAGAGGCUGCAGCGAGAGCUGGACAGGACCGAGCUGGACAACCGCUGCCAGCUGCUCUCCCGCCUCAAGGGCAACUUGGAGGGAGAAAACCGUCACCUGCAGAGCCAAAUCCAAAGGUUGACAGAGAAGAGCCAGAGGCUUCACCAGGAGGACGUGGAGAACAACUACCAGCACCAGGAGGAGCAGCGGCAGUACGUAGACAAAUUAAAUGCCUUACAGAGACAAAAUGAAACACUGGAAGAAAAAAGCAUGGCUCAGCGCAAGUUCCAUGAUCCAGCGCCAAAGAAGAAAAAGCACGGGAUUGGAGCCAAAUUCUUACUCAAACUCAUCAAACUAAAGAAAGGGGGUUCCAGAGAACGACGAAAGUCAACCUCAGAGAGGCCUUCCUGGCCGCUGGGGUCCUCAGACCAGGCCUCCCCCAGUACUUCUCAGACUCUUCAAUCGCAGCUGGAGCCCCUCCAGGCCACCCCAUGCUGCUCAAAGUGAACAGAAGAGCAAGAGACCUGCAGGGGGCCCAGGGGAAAAGCAACUCGGCGCAAAAAGAGUCGCUUUUGCAGAAGCGGGAGCGAGGACAAGGCCAAGUCUCCAUCAUCCCGCCCGGCUUUCUGUAAACGCCUGAGGUUCUGGACCUCCUCUGACAUCAAACCUGCUUCUCACUAGCCCCUCCCUUUCUCAGACACUGGGGAUUUCUAAUCCAUCAGUGUCUUCACAAUGUACCUGCCUUCAUGUCUGAAAUUCAAAAAACAAACAGAAAAACAGUAGCUAAAGGCCAGAUGACCCACAGUGGACCCCUCCUCCUGACCCAAAUUCCAAGCCAAGCUUCAAGCAGCCAACCUGGAUUCUGACUUCAAAGGAGACCAGUUGUCCCAGCCUCUGGACCUGACUCCAGCGCAGCGCAGUGUUAGGGGAGCCUCGGGGCAUCCACGCCAGGUCCCUGGGCCAGGGUGUCUGUGCUAAGUGAGGCCCCGGGCCCAGUGCCGCCCCCUCUCUCGCACCUGCAGGCUUGUAGACCUUGCCCCUGUGCAGCACAGAACUCAUCAGCGGUCGCUAUGCUUCUGAAACUGCGCGGCCCCUGUCAAGUGAGUUUUUUUAAGACUCAUUUUUCGGCAACUAACUUUAAAUCUGCUGCCCUUGUCUCCACAUCUUGGCUUUUGCAGAGCAGUCCCUUUUUAGAUGUCUUCUGUGUUUUGAAGAAUUUUCUGCUCCACUCAGCAUCUCAAAUAAUCAGAUCGAUGUUGCCAAGCCAGGGUUCAGCCCAGAGUGAUGUUUUAGGACCGUGCUGAGGUCUUCUGACGUCUUGGAUGCUGCUGUGAGGGCAGCAGUGGACAGACAGGUCAUCAGCUCACAGUCACCGUCAGCCGGGAGCGCUGGUGCACAGAGGCCUUUAGCUACUGCAUUGUUUUCUGUCUUCAGCCAUCCUCGUACCAUCUCCAUGAUUUUGCAAAGUCUAUUUCACCUGAGUGAUACAUACUUUCCCUUGAAUCGACUUGCCAUUUCCACUUUAUUUUAAAAAGGAAGAUUGUUAUCAGUACUGUGAGUGGAAAACCACUAUCAUAUAAACACAAGGUCACCGUGAAAGUAAACGGUGACUCUCGCACUGCUCCUGUCAGUUGAUGUGGCACUGACUUCCUCGCAUGCAUCGCUCUGAUUCCUGGGCUGCCGCGUGCUGGUCCCCUGCCUGCCUGCCCCGCAUGCUGUUGGAAACUCGGUCUCUCUGCCCUGGCUGCUCUCUGGCACCUCCGCCUCCCGGCUGCUGCUUACACUGACCUCACGCAGUGGACGCCUAUCAGAUUCAUCCCACCAGACUUGAAU